AAGAGGAAAACCAAGCAUAAAACCUCCGGCUCCCCCCAAACUCUUGGAACCCUAAUUGCGCAAUCCAAUCCCUGUCCCCACCAAAUCAAAAAUCUUCCGAGCAUCAUCGGAUCUUUGUCCGAUCGCGCGACGCGGCGAGCGGACGGCGUCCGGCGUCCGUCGCUGGUGACCGUUUCUCCGCUCUACUGGUGAAGGUGCGGUUGCUCUCAUCAAUAGCUGUGCUUUGCUGCAGUUGCUUUCAUGGUGAUAGAAAUCCUUGUAGUCGCAGUAUAGAAAGCAGUCGUUGAUCCUCAAUUCGUUUCGGUCACGGUCUGAAUCGACGCCCCAUUGUUGUAGUCACACUUGUAGAGACCCAAUUCUAGAUUCGCGUCUUCCCCCCACAUGGCCACUACGGACGCCACCCCCAAGUUUCAGAACCGGGAUUUCCGCCCGGUUCCGCAGCCCCCUGACUUUCACCCGGAGGUUGUGGUCUCCGCUCACGACGGCCUCCGCUUCUGGCAGUUCAUGAUCGCGGGGUCCAUCGCCGGCUCGGUCGAGCACAUGGCCAUGUUCCCCGUGGACACGUUGAAGACUCACAUGCAGGCCAUGGGCUCUUGCCCUAUCAAAUCGGUGGGCCUCGGCCAGGCCCUCCGGUCGAUACUGAAAUCGGAUGGCCCGUCGGGUCUGUACCGUGGCAUCGGCGCCAUGGGGCUCGGCGCCGGGCCUGCCCACGCCGUGUAUUUCUCGGUCUAUGAGGUUUGCAAGAAGUUCUUCUCCCGCGGGAAUCCAAAUAAUUCAGCUGCCCACGCGGUUUCCGGGGUGUGUGCCACGGUCGCCAGUGAUGCCGUGUUUACGCCAAUGGAUAUGGUCAAGCAGAGAUUGCAAUUGAGCAACAGUCCUUACAAAGGGGUUUUGGAUUGUGUGAGGAGGGUCAUGAAGGAAGAGGGACUUAGGGCUUUCUAUGCAUCGUAUAGGACUACUGUUAUCAUGAAUGCCCCGUUUACUGCCGUUCAUUUUGCGACAUAUGAGGCUGCAAAGAGGGGUUUAAGGGAGGUUUCACCAGACAGUGUGAAUGAUGAAGGUUGGGUUGUUCAUGCCACAGCAGGAGCUGUUGCUGGGGCACUGGCAGCUGCUGUCACAACCCCUCUUGAUGUUGUGAAGACUCAGCUGCAGUGUCAGGGUGUCUGUGGAUGCGAUAGAUUUAAGACUGGUUCAAUGAGGGAUGUCUUUCGAACAAUAAUAGAAAAGGAUGGAUACAGAGGGCUCAUGAGAGGAUGGAUGCCGAGGAUGCUAUUCCACGCUCCUGCUGCUGCGAUCUGCUGGUCUACUUAUGAAGCCUCGAAGUCAUUUUUUGAGGAACUUAACAGCAAAAGCGCUGAUCCUGUUGUCACGUGAAAACCCAGUGUCAGAGUUUAUUCUUUGUUUCCCCACCGGAGCACCAGUACUGGGCACACUAUGAAGCGGCAUAUGAUGUGUAAUGUCUCUUGUGGAGUCUGCUUGACUUGAGGCUUUGGAGGAGAGGAUUAAUAAUCCUUGGAGCAUGCCUGCAGUACUUGUUGCUCCCGAUAACGAAAUUAGUUGAUCUGGUCGAAUUAAUGUAUUCAUAUUUCACUUUUGGCAAUUCAAAUAAUGUUAUCAAUCAUAGUUGAGUGGAGUUAAACUGAUUUUGGGCAGAGUUGUUUCUUUGCAAGACUUCGUAUACAAUUUUGCUGUGUUGGCAACUGGACAAAAGCUCCGAUCUCUUUUGUAAUACAUGAGGCGUAGCUGCAUUCUUGUAAAAUUCAUGAUAUCUGGGCCAUUAAGGUCUCUAUUCUGUGAA